GAGUUGAUAGUGGGCACACGAUGGAAGCAUCAACUGUCACGUAGUGAUGGUAAUGCGCAUUCAGCGCAUAUAUAACAAGACCCUUCAAUCACCAGUUCAUAGAAAUCUUUAGAAAAUAUUUCUAAAUAUCGUUCACGCGUGGAAUUGGCAAGCUUUUUUAUUGUCUGCCGAUGAUGUUGAUGUGGUUGGUGUCCUGCAAACUCCGAGCAAGAGGCCCAUCCAUUCCAUCCUCCGCGAACCCAAGCCCAGGAUUCUCUACCUUUCAACUAUUAAAUGCUUUGCUCUGCUUCCAAACUUUGUAUUAAAUGCAGCAGCUGGAAAAAUCCACCCACCAAAAAAAUCUCCCCUAAUCCUUUCCCUUUCUCCUUCAGAUGGAUUCCUUCAAUACCUCUUUAACCCCAAAUGUCCACCGCCACCACCGCUACUCCUCCCUCCACUUACCUCACCAAUCUCGGUCUUGGCUACUCAAUAGCCAUAGCCCUUGGUUUCCUCGUCCUCUUAUCCACUAUCCUCCUCGCCUUCUACGUCUGCUGUCGCAACUCUCGCAACCGCUCCCGCAAUAUAAACAAUAACGACAACGACAACCCAAAUUUUCCCUCCGAUGGCAUAAUUCUCCCUCGCAUUAUCUUCGUGGCAGAAGAAGAGGAUGACCUGGAACGUGACCAAGAAAGUGCAGCGGUUGGCCUCGACCAGGCGGUAAUAAAUUCAUAUCCUAAAUUUCAGUUCACCAAAGAUGGGAGUUUGGAUGGGAAUAGUACUACUUGUUCGAUCUGUUUGUGCGAGUACAAGGAUUUGGAGAUGUUAAGAAUGAUGCCGGAGUGCCGGCAUUAUUUUCACUUAUGUUGUAUCGAUGCUUGGUUGAAGCUGAAUGGGUCGUGUCCUGUUUGUCGGAAUUCGCCGCUUCCAACUCCGCUUUCUACACCCUUAUCGGAGGUCGUGCCGUUGUCCCAGUACGCGGAGGAUCGAAGGAGGAGGAGGUGAUUUGAGUUUGUUUGAUUGUUUGUGAACUGGUGGUGAGUGAUUCGGGGAUCUUGAUUGGUGUGUUUUGGGAUUAGGAUUGUAAAUUGUUUUUUCUUUUUUUGGUUUCUGAGUAGGCAUAGCUAGUGGGAUUUUGGAUUUUCAUUUUUGUUACAGAUGAUUUGUGAUUUUGGUUUGCCAUGGCAGAGAAUGGAAAAACAGAAUACUUGCUGAUCUUUGUAGUGUAAGAAUUGGGUUUUACUGUUUCAUUA